AUGGUCUUACCAUUGUGUGAGGAGGAUUUAAGGACCUUCCUCGCCCGCGAGGGUCCGAGGAGAGGCCCCUCUUCCUUCUUCCGGGUAGUCCGCCAGAUCGCUGUGGGCCUCGCAGAAUGCCAUCGGCAGAGCGUGCUCCACCGCGAUCUGAAUCCCGGCAAUGAGCUGAGACAGGGAGCUCGGUUUAUGUUAGCCGACUUUGGGGUGGCCGAUCAACUAACACCGUACAGACCACUCCUGACCGGGUUGGCUAGCACUCCAAUGUACUGGAGCCUGAAACAACUCCGCCAGGAGCCGUACAAUACCGCGGUGGACCUGUGGGCCUUAGGGAGUUGGCCGUCUAUUGCCGGACUUGGAGAAAACCCCAUGGCCACAGUCCGAUGGUCCGUGGGUGACUCGCCUACCGCCAGACCUGGCAUCCAGACUACGAACCGUGCAGAAUCCUUCAGAAUGGACGAAGAGUUUGAAGAGGAGGGUGCGAGCACUACUGUCAGAGGGUAA